GAUGGAGUACUAUAUGUACCCUUUAACAGCACCUACUCUAUAGUAACAACCAAGUACAGUGAUGAUGAUGGAUUAGAAGGGUGAACUGAUGUUGUACUCAGCCGUAUGUACCCUAUAACAGCACCCACUAUAGUAACAACCAAGCACAGUGAUGAUGAUGGAUUAGRAGGGUGAACUGAUGGAGUACUAUAUGUACCCUUUAACAGCACCUACUCUAGUAACAACCAAGUACAGUGAUGAUGAUGGAUUAGAAGGGUGAACUGAUGUUGUACACUCAUUAUGUAACCCUUUAACAGCACCUACUCUAUAGGAGAAUUCUCGAAUAUUCUAGUACACCAACUGCAUGGUUUAACAUAUAUUUACUCCCCGACGCGAGAUAAAAGAAGAAAUCGCCGAUUAUCCUGGAUGAUAAUAAUAAUAGCCGACGACUCCUGUUUACACAGUGGAUGAAUGGAAGGGAAGCAUUUUGUUCAGUCAUGAAAGCUUCUCUCCUUUGGCUUUGCCUUUUUAUUGUGAGUCUUGCUUCUAUAGAAGGUCGGACUUCGAAGAAAGCUAACUCAAUCAAGUUCCACUUUAAAUUGGCGAAGAGAAUCGAUACUCGACAGAGAGACGAAAGAUGGAGAAAGGAAACAUCCAAAGAAAAGAAUAUUCGAUGUUUUGUCGUCAACAGCGGCUCUCCUACAGUUCGUUGCUCACUUGUUAAAAAAUGUCCCAAUCAAGAUCCAACUUGUAGCACUUUUCGACAAGUUCGCCGAACGUCAGAAACUCAUGAAAAAAGGAUCAAAAAAGUGAGUACCACGCAGAAAACCACCCGGGUUUCAAAGUGCUCUGACAAGAAGAACCCUUUUUGCAUUCAUGAUAUAUGGACAGGGAGGAAAAGAUCUUACGAAAAUCCAAUUUCAAAAACUGAAGAGAACAUCUUAUCUACACUCUGUGACCCUGAAGAUAAAACAUGCAUAGUCAAUAUCAAGAGAGCGAAAGGGAAUCCAAAACUGCCUUUUAAGAUGUACAGUGAUGAAGGAAAAUCAGAGCCAGAAGGAAAGAUGAUUAAGAAUGGUAGACAUUCAUCUGCCGGCUUUAGUUCUUGGUCAAAGACUGGCUGUGAUUUUAUACGUGAUCCAAACUGCAAGCUAGAAGGUUCCCUUGAAACACCUCAAAAGUUCAAAGAUGUACUUAAAAGGCUCCAAGACCAGUUGCCUACUACUAAACGUCAAAAGAAUUGCAAAGGGAAAACGAACAAGAUCUGUCGUUGGAGGCCACAACCAAACGACGUGAAGGAAAUCGAGGAUCAAAGGCCUUUGAACUAUUUUACGAUGUACUCUAAAUCCAACAAGAACAACAACCUUGAGUUGACGAACCAAAUAGCUGAUAACAGAACAUAAUUUGAUAACAUAAGUAGUCAAGCACCGGAAACCCCCUCACUUUCCGAUGACUGAUGAGACAUUAUAGCUAGGUCAUGCCCUUGAAACUGGGAGGUCAACAAGAUGUAUAUUGUAUUACAAUUUAGCAAAUUCUAUUAUAUAAAACAACUAAAAAAAAGCAAAAAACAAAGAAAAUCAAACAAAUAAAAAAAAGUAAAUUAGCCAAAU